AUGGAGCGUGUGUCGUUGCUCCCGCUUGUGCUGCUGCUUGCCGCGGCCGCCGCCGGCGGCGUGAGCGGCACGGAGGUCGCGUACAAUGACCGGGCGCUGGUCAUCGACGGCGAGCGCCGCAUCGUCAUCUCCGGCUCCAUCCACUACCCCAGGAGCACGCCGGAGAUGUGGCCGGAUCUGAUCAGGAAGGCCAAGGAGGGCGGGCUCGACGCCAUCGAGACGUACGUGUUCUGGAACGGCCACGAGCCGCGGCGCCGGGAGUACAACUUCGAGGGGAGCUACGACAUCGUGCGCUUCUUCAAGGAGAUCCAGGACGCCGGCAUGUACGCCAUCCUCCGCAUCGGCCCCUACAUCUGCGGCGAGUGGAACUACGGCGGCCUGCCGGCAUGGCUGCGCGAGAUCUCCGGCAUGCAGUUCAGGAUGCACAACCACCCCUUCGAGCGAGAAAUGGAGACCUUCACGACCCUCAUCGUGGACAAGCUCAAGGAGGCCAAGAUGUUCGCCGGCCAGGGAGGCCCCAUCAUCCUCUCCCAGAUCGAGAACGAGUACGGCAACAUCAUGGGCAAGCUCAACAACAACGAGUCGGCGUCCGAGUACAUCCACUGGUGCGCCGCCAUGGCCAACAAGCAGAACGUCGGCGUGCCGUGGAUCAUGUGCCAGCAGGACGACGACGUCCCGCCCAACGUGAUCAACACCUGCAACGGGUUCUACUGCCACGACUGGUUCCCCAAGAGAACGGACAUCCCCAAGAUCUGGACUGAGAACUGGACUGGCUGGUUCAAAGCAUGGGACAAGCCUGAUUUCCACCGGUCCGCCGAGGACAUCGCCUUCUCGGUCGCCAUGUUCUUCCAGAAGCGCGGCGGCCCCUACAUCACAACCAGCUAUGACUACGACGCCCCUCUUGAUGAAUAUGGUAACAUCAGGCAGCCAAAAUAUGGGCACCUCAAGGACCUCCACAAUGUCCUGAAAUCCAUGGAGAAGAUCUUGCUCCAUGGCGACUACAAGGACACCAACAUCAGCAGCAGCAAUGUCACUGUGACCAAGUACACGCUGGACAACUCCUCCGCCUGCUUCAUCAGCAACAAGUUCGACGACAAGGAGGUCAACGUGACCCUCGACGGCGGAGCCACCCACGUCGUGCCCGCGUGGUCCGUGAGCAUCCUGCCGGACUGCAAGACCGUCGCGUACAACAGCGCCAAGAUCAAGACGCAGACGUUGGUGAUGGUGAAGAGGCCGGAGGUGGAAACGGUGAGGGAGGGCCUGGCCUGGUCGUGGAUGCCCGAGAACCUCCAGCCUUUCAUGACUGACGAGAAGGGCAACUUCAGGAAGAACGAGCUGCUCGAGCAGAUCGCCACGUCCGGCGACCAGAGCGACUACCUAUGGUACAGGACAAGCUUUGAGCAUAAGGGGGAAGCGACCUACAAGUUGCACGUCAACACCACAGGGCAUGAGCUUUACGCUUUCGUCAACGGCAAGCUUGUUGGGAAGCAGCACUCUCCUAAUGGUGGAUUCGUCUUCCAGAUGGAGACGCCCGUGAAGCUCCACUCGGGGAAGAACUACAUCUCUCUCCUCAGCUGCACCAUCGGCCUCAAGAACUACGGCGCGCUGUUUGAGAUGAUGCCCGCCGGUAUCGUGGGAGGCCCGGUGAAGCUUGUCGACACGGUCACCAACACCACCGCCUACGACCUCUCCAACAGCUCCUGGUCCUACAAGGCCGGCCUCGCCGGCGAGUACAGGGAGACCCACCUCGACAAGGCCGACGACCGCAGCCAAUGGAGCGGAGGCCUCAACGGCACCAUCCCGGUGCACCGCCCAUUCACCUGGUACAAGGCCACGUUCGAGGCGCCCGCCGGCAAGGAGCCCGUCGUGGCGGACCUGCUCGGGCUCGGCAAGGGCGUGGUGUGGGUUAACGGCAACAACCUGGGCCGCUACUGGCCGUCCUACGUCGCCGCGGACAUGGGCGGCUGCAAGCAGUGCGACUACCGCGGCACCUUCAAGGCGGAGGGCGACGGGCUCAAGUGCCUCACCGGCUGCAACGAGCCGUCCCAGCGCUUCUACCACGUGCCGCGGUCGUUCCUCAGGGCCGGCGAGCCCAACACGAUGGUGCUGUUUGAGGAGGCCGGCGGCGACCCGACGAGGGUGAACUUCCACACGGUGGCCGUAGGCGCGGCGUGCGCGGAGGCCGCUGAGGUGGGUGACGAGGUGGCGCUGGCGUGCAGCCACGGCAGGACCAUCUCCAGCGUCGACGUGGCCAGCCUCGGCGUUGCUCGCGGCAAGUGCGGCGCCUACGAGGGUGGCUGCGAGUCCAAGGCGGCGCUGGCGGCAUUCACGGCGGCGUGCGUCGGCAAGGAGUCGUGCGCGGUGCGGCACACGGAGGACUUCCGCGCUGGGUCCGGGUGUGACUCGGGCGUGCUCACCGUGCAGGCCACCUGCUGA